AUGAAAUAUCCACACGAGGCCUCCCUCGCUUCCCAUCCCUCCCUCCCUCCCUCGUCCAACGCCGACGAGUCACGCCUCCUCUCAAGUCCACAACUGCUCUCCUCCCAAUCUCUUCUUCUUCCGCCCCAAGUCGCCUCACCGGGGAUGGAGAUCGACGCGGCGGUCCAGGCGAGCAGCGACGGCCGGCUGCGCACCAAGUACGACAACGCCGUCUACGUCGUCCAGCGAGCCUUCGCGCUCUACCCGUUUGAGGAGAUUGCCUUCAGCUUUAAUGGCGGGAAGGAUUCAACCGUACUCUUGCAUUUAAUACGGGCAGGCUACUAUCUUCACAAAACAAGUUCUGGGGACGAAGCUCAAAUCAAUACUGUUCAAAACUGUCCGCUGCGUACAAUCUAUUUCGAGACCCCUUGUGCUUUCCCUGAAAUCAACUCAUUCACUUAUGAAACAGUCUCAACUUAUGGUUUGCCACUGGAAACUAUCCGAUCAGAUUUCAAAUCUGGUCUAGAAGGCCUAUUGAAAGAGAAGUCUACUAAAGCCAUUUUCAUUGGCACUAGAAUUGGAGAUCCAAAUGCGGUCGGUCAAGAACAAUUCUCUCCUAGUUCGCCUGGCUGGCCUCCUUUUAUGAGGGUGAAUCCUAUCUUGGAUUGGUCAUACAGGGAUGUUUGGUCUUUCCUCUUAACCUGUAAGGUCAAAUACUGCAGCCUUUAUGAUGAGGGGUAUACAUCCAUUGGGAGCAUAUAUGAUACUGUUCCAAAUGCACUUCUUAGUGAUUCAUCUACUGGGAACAGCUUUAGACCGGCAUACAUGCUAUCAGAUGGAAGACUUGAAAGAGCUGGGAGAGCGAAGAAGACUAGCAACAAAACGGAAACUAAUUCUGUUGCAAGCAAUGGCAUGAACAAUGCUGAGGGAGAGCAAAUGAUCUCACGUUCGGCUUCAGUUAUUGUAGUUGGUGAUGAAAUAUUGUUUGGCACAGUUGAGGAUAAAUUUGGCGCAGCCUUGUGCAAGAAGCUUCAUGAAAUUGGCUGGCGAGUUUCUCAUGUCACGGUUGUUCACAAUGAAAUUGAUUCUGUUGCCGAGGAAGUCGAACGGUGUAAAUCUACUGACGACGUGGUAUUUAUUUUUGGGGGACUUGGGCCUCUACAUUCAGAUGUUUCAUUGGCUGGUGUUGCAAAAGCAUUUGGAGUUCACCUGGCUCCUGAUGAAGAGUUUGAGGAGCAUCUUAGUCAACUCAUAGGGAACAGUUACAUUGGUAAUCGAAAUGAGAUGGCUUUGUUGCCAGAAGGUAUUACCGAAUUAUUACAUCACAAGAUGCUCCCAUUGCCACUGAUCAAAUGCAAGAAUGUGAUCAUUCUUUCUGCAACUAAUGUGGAUGAACUGGACAUGGAGUGGAAUUGUCUUCUGGAUACCCAAGAGAGUGGUUUACUGAGGACGAAACCUUUUGUAUCAAAACAUCUCAGCACUUUACUCCCAGAUGUCAAAAUUGCUCCGGUGGUUGCAAAGCUAUGCUUGGAGUUUUCUGAUGUGUACAUAGGGUCUCAUCGGAUUUCAAGAACGGGUCCGUUGGUUGUGAGUCUUAUUGGAAAGGAUUAUCAAAGGGUAGAAGGGGCUGCGGCCAAGCUGUCAGGCAGCUUUGAAGGACUGUUUUCCCAAGUCGACAGUUGCAAAUAG